GGGGGAGGGUGGGGGAUGGCGCGGACCCCGGGGCCGGCCCCACUGUGCCCCGGAGGCGGCAAGGCGCAACUUUCCGCCGCUUCUCCCCCCGGGGCCGGGCUCCUGCUGCCGCCCCCGACGCCGCCGCCGCCGCCGCUGCUGCUCUUGCCGCUGCUGCUCUUCUCCUGGCUCUGUGGUGCCUUAGCUGGACCAAUUAUUGUGGAGCCACACGUCACAGCAGUGUGGGGAAAGAAUGUUUCGUUGAAGUGCUUAAUUGAAGUAAAUGAAACUAUAACACAAAUUUCAUGGGAGAAGAUACAUGGCAAAAGUUCACAGACUGUUGCAGUUCAUCAUCCUCAACAUGGAUUCUCUGUUCAAGGAGAAUAUCAGGGAAGAGUCUUGUUUAAAAACUAUUCAAUUAAUGAUGCAACGAUUACUCUACAUAACAUAGGAUUCUCUGAUUCUGGAAAGUACAUAUGCAAAGCUGUUACAUUCCCACUUGGAAAUGCUGAGUCCUCUACAACUGUAACUGUAUUAGUUGAACCUACUGUGAGCCUGAUAAAAGGGCCAGAUUCUUUAAUUGAUGGAGGAAAUGAAACAGUAGCAGCCAUUUGUGUCGCAGCCACUGGAAAACCAGUUGCACAUAUUGAUUGGGAAGGUGAUCUUGGAGAAAUGGAAUCCACCACGACUUCUUUUCCAAACGAAACAGCAACAAUUGUCAGCCAAUACAAGCUUUUUCCUACCAGAUUUGCCAAAGGGAGGAGAAUUACUUGCGUUGUAAAACAUCCAGCCUUGGAAAAGGACAUCCGAUAUUCCGUCAUAUUAGAUAUACAGUAUGCUCCUGAGGUUUCAGUAACAGGCUAUGAUGGAAACUGGUUCGUAGGAAGAAAAGGUGUUAAUCUUAAAUGUAAUGCUGAUGCAAAUCCACCACCCUUCAAAUCUGUGUGGAGCAGGUUAGAUGGACAGUGGCCUGAUGGUUUAUUGGCUUCAGACAAUACUCUUCAUUUUGUCCAUCCACUGACUUUCAAUUAUUCUGGUGUUUAUGUCUGUAAAGUGACCAAUUCGCUUGGCCAAAGAAGUGAUCAAAAGGUCAUCUAUAUUUCAGAUCCUCCUACUACUACCACCCUUCAGCCUACAAUUCAGUGGCAUCCCUCAACUGCUGACUUCGAGGAUCUAGCAACAGAACCAAAAAAAUUGCCCUUCCCAUUGUCAACUCUGGCAACAAUUAAGGAUGACACGAUCGGCACCAUCAUUGCUAGUGUAGUGGGUGGGGCUCUCUUCAUAGUCCUUGUAAGCGUUUUGGCUGGAAUAUUCUGCUAUAGGAGAAGACGGACGUUUCGUGGAGACUACUUUGCCAAGAACUACAUUCCACCAUCAGAUAUGCAAAAAGAAUCACAAAUAGAUGUUCUUCAGCAAGACGAGCUUGAUUCUUACCCAGACAGUGUAAAAAAAGAAAACAAAAAUCCAGUGAACAAUCUAAUACGGAAAGACUAUUUAGAAGAGCCUGAAAAAACGCAGUGGAACAAUGUAGAAAAUCUCAAUAGGUUUGAAAGACCAAUGGAUUAUUACGAAGAUCUAAAAAUGGGAAUGAAGUUCGUCAGUGAUGAACAGUAUGACGAAAAUGAAGAUGACUUAGUUUCACAUGUAGAUGGUUCCGUAAUUUCCAGGAGGGAGUGGUAUGUUUAGCAACCACUAAAUAUGACUUAAUGUACAAUGUUUCAUUCAUACUAGUUGAUCAUUUUCAGAUUGUUCAUACUUUUUCUUGGGGGAAGAAUAAGCUUUUUCAACUUGAUUUUCAAGCUUACUUUUUAUAUUCUGAUUUGACAAAUGGAAAUGUAAAAUCUGGGUUCAAUGUAUCUGAGCUGCUUUAAAAUUUUUUUUCAAUGCUAUACUACUGUCUCAAGAUUUAAAUUUUAAUGCAGAGUACUUUAUUGGUCUGAGGCACACAGGUAAGAAGAAAUGUCAACAUUAAAUGUAUGACUUUUUGGUACAAAAAUUAAAAGAAACAAAAAAAAAAAAAAGGAAACUACCUUGGCAUUGUGUAUUAAAUGUUUACCUAAGACUAUAUAAUCUCAAGUAUAAUGUUUGUUGAACAUAUACCUCUCAAAAUUUAUCACCACUAAAUGAUAUUACAUCUAAAUUGACUAUAAAACUAAUUCAAGAAAUGUUUAUAUAUAUUUUUAGUAUACAAAAAAUUCAGCUUGAUGAAACACCUUUUCUUUUCAAACAUUGUUUUCUAUGUUUCUAUACAAAUGGAAUCUUUACCUCUGCAUUUUAAUGAGCCUUGCCAUAAUUACUGUAGAGUGGCUUUUCAAAGGUAUUUUGUUGCACUAAAAACUGUGGUAGUAAACUCAGUGAACAUGAUGUGUGGAAGAGCAUAAUUAGCUGAUCAAUAUUUUUGUCCAAAAUACAUUUAAAAGUAAUAAAAACAUGCCUUUUAAACAUGAUAAUUAUUACAAUUUUUUUCAUCUCUGGAGGACAAUGCUUAUAUUGUCAUGCGAACGUUGGUACAUGAAGUGGUAGUUUGUUUUAAUGCUUUAUGUGCUAAAUAUAAGAAUAAUAAUGAGAAGAUGGUACAUAGUUUAAUAGAGUGUAGAGAGGGCAUUUCACUAUAUGGAAAACCAUGUAAACAAGCAAACAAGCAUUGGAGUACCAUUUUUUAAAACAUAAGACAGAUGUUUCAGAUAAGAAUCUGUGCAAAGAAUGUGGUAGACCAUCUUGUUUUAGUCAUUUAUUAUUGAUGUUGUUCAAACGGGUAAAUAUAUAUAGGAAAAAAUAGAAUAAACUUGGAAAUUUGAGAUUUAACAAGAAAAAAAUCUUAGUUAUAGAACCUGUCACUAACACUUGCUGAUGGAUGUUGUCAAACCAUCCCCUCUUUUCUCCUAAAUGUUUGUAUGUGUUUCAAGAUUUUUGUUUUCCCAAUUAAAACUGGAAACAUCAUGA